GGCGUCACAACUCGCAGUGCAAGUGGCGACGAUUAAUAUGUUUGUCUGAUUUUGAUGUUUGAUAUUAGAAAAAAAUGGCAGUUAUAUUUUUUUCUAUUCAGUAACGAUUCAAGUUUUCUGAGAUAGAAAAUAAAAUCAUGGAGGACUAACUCAAACGUUUUUCGGUUUCGAAAAGUUUACAUCAUGGCACCUCUUCGUGGAGGGAAUUCUAGAAACAAAGCCAGCAGCAAGCAGGCUAUGACGGUUUCUGAAAAUCAAACAACUCAGGGACCCUCUACUCCAAGAGUCACCAUGAAAGAAGAUAUUAAGGAGCCAGAACAAAGUGUAACUUAUUUUGUGGAUGAAGAAGGUAGAUACUAUUACCAGCCUGCUGUGGAUAAUGAAAAUCUUACCAUGACUAUUGAUAAUACAAAUGAUUCUGAUCAAAAACAUAUUAUAGUCAACGAAGAUUACCAAACAGUCACAUUAGUGCCAUCGGAGUCUGAUAUGGGUGAAGUCAGCUAUGUGCUGGUGGUUCAGGAUGACAAGCAAGUUAUGAAUAUUAAUAUAAAGGAGGAGAAUGAUGGUGAUGUUUAUACAUUUGAAGAUGAAGAAGACAUAGCAGAAAAAGCUGAUGAGCCAUCAGAUUCAUUGGCUAAGCCAAAACGCAAGCAAAAGACCUCGCGGCCUAAUUAUAAUUGCACUUACUGUAAUUAUGUGAGUCACAGAAAGUAUUUGCUCUUAAGGCAUAUGAAGUCACACUCAGUUGACCGACCAUUUAAGUGUUCUGUUUGUGACCGGGCCUUUAAGACCCGGGUUUCGCUGAACAAUCACACAAACACUCACAAUGGUAUCAAGCCUCAUAUUUGCAAAUAUUGCAGCACACCAUUUACUACUUCAGGUGAGCUUGUAAGACAUGUUCGCUAUAAGCACACUCAUGAGAAGCCACACCGUUGUACUCAGUGUGACUAUGCCUCUGUGGAACUGUCUAAGCUGAGAAGACAUAUUCGCUGCCACACUGGAGAGAGACCAUAUCAGUGCCCGCAUUGUACAUAUGCAUCGCCGGAUACGUUUAAAUUAAAACGUCACUUGCGCACGCACACCGGCGAGAAGCCAUACAAAUGCGAUUCUUGCAACAUGUCUUUCACCCAAUCCAACUCGCUGAAAGCUCACAAACUUAUCCACAAUGUGUCAGAGAAGCCAGUGUACGCUUGCGAGCUUUGCCCGGCGAAGUGUGGACGGAAAACUGAUUUGCGUAUUCACAUUCAGAAGUUGCAUACAUCGGACAAGCCCCUUAAAUGCAAGCGUUGUGGGAAAACCUUUCCGGACCGAUACUCUUGCAAGGUUCAUAAUAAGACCCAUGAAGGCGAGAAAUGCUACAAAUGUGAGCUUUGUCCCUACGCAUCGACAACGCUUCGACACUUGAAGGCGCACAUGCUAAAACAUACUGACCAAAAACCGUUUGUCUGCGAUCAAUGUAACCAAUGCUUUAGGCAGAAGCAGCUUCUUCGUCGUCACCAAAACUUGUACCACAACCCUGAUUAUUCGCCAAAACCACCCAAAGAGAAAACUCACGUUUGUCACGAGUGUAACCGCAGCUUUGCACACAAGGGAAACCUCAUUCGUCACUUGGCUAUACACGACCCAGAUUCUAAUCACCUUGAGCAGGCGUUAGCUCUAAGGAUUGGCAGACAGAAGAAACUUAGGCCAUUUCCGGAAAAAUCAAUACGGGAAGAGAAUUCCAGUUCGCUUCAAGAAGAAGUUGUUAAAAUAGAAGUGGCCAACAAUGAAAAUAAACAAGAUGAAAAUAUGGAAAUAACUGGUGAAGAAAAUCAAGAGUACGUGGUCUUAGAGGUCAUACAAUUGGAAGAUGGAUCUGAGCAACAAGUGUGCCUAAUCACACCGCAUUACUCUGACAUGGAGAGACGAGAAGAAAGUGAUCCAGCUAAUGCAGAUGAUAAUUCAGAAGGAGCCCAAGAUUUAUUCUACAAAACACAACUAAGAAAGACAAUCGAACAAAAUUUGAAAGCAGAGAAAGACUUAGAUACUUGCUUUGGAUUUGAUGAAGAAGAAGAAGAAGAAGAAGUGGAGACUGUACCUAAAUUUGAGGAACAGCAAAAUGAAGAAGGAUUUAGACUCCAUUAUGAAUUAAGCGAUGAAGAAAAUUUUACACUUCACUAUGAGUCAAGUGAUGCCUCUGAAAAGGAUGGUGAGUAAUGGUAUUAAGGAAAUGUGUCUAAGCGUUUAGUUACACAAGAAAUCAUAAAGUAUAUUUAAGUUAGAGCAAUUGAAUCGGGGACCGAGUAAUGCCUCAAAUAGCUGAAAGAACUUGUGAAGGUGCAUAUCCAUGUAAUAUUUUGUAUGUUUUUCGUUAUUAAUAAAGAAAUAAUCAAAUUUUAGUUUUUAAUAUUUUGUUGUAAGAGACAAACAGAAUGAAGGUGUUUGUCUAGUCUGAUCUUUAAGAUCUCCCAACAAAAACGUUUGGAUAUGCAUCUAAAGUUACAUAUUUGUUUGCCUUGCAAUUGUGUAGAAUAAUUUAUUUCAAUGAUAAUAAUGUCACAUAAAUUGUUUGUGUACAGUCAAUGUGGCCUUUGUCGAACCAAAAAUGUAUUUAUCAAAUCCUGUCUGAAACUCCUGAAUUCUGUUAUGAUUACGAUGAUUAUGAUAAUAUGAUGAUUAUGAUAUGAUGAUUAUGAUAAUAUGAUGAUUAUGAUGCGUAGAAGAAUCAUUGAUAAGAGUUUAAUCAUGUUUGGAGCCGUUCAAAUAUUACGUAAACAGAUUUACUGAAAUGUAUCCCCCCUCCCUCUUGUCAGCAAAAGUAAGAGAAGGUAUCAAAAAAAAAACAUGUGCAAUGGUAGAAGUGAAAUCCUCAAAAACAAAGUUUUUAUAAUUAAUCAUAUAUAUAUAUAUAUGAUUAAUUUUGUUGUGAUUUUAAAAUCGGAUGCAACGAUUUUAAAAACGUUCCUCCAUCUAUCUCAUUUUCUCCCACGUUAAAUCUUAUGAAUUUGUUUCUGUCUCUUUUUACUGUAGCUUUUUCCUUUGCCAUUGCAUCCGGUGCGAAAUGCAUAAUAAAAAAAGUAACUAACUACUGUUGACCAUCACCAAAUAAGAAAAUCAAAUAUCAUAUAAGGGGGGUAGUUUGGGUUUCUAUAGUGCUUAUGUAAUACUUGAAGGGCCACUUCUUGCACAAAAGCUAUUAUAUAUAAUUCAAGACUCGACUUGUUAAAGGGCACAGGUUAUUUCAAGGUUUUUUUUUAUAUUUAUUAUCGGUGGGUUAUUUCUGUGAAACUUGUACUAAUCUGAUUAAAUAUUUGUUCAUUAAGCAAAAGAGAAUUGUUCUUGUUGCAUAUUUGAGUAGCUUUUGUGCCACCUAAUUCAUGAUUGAAUUAUUUACACAAAUCUCACUACAAUGUAAGGAGCUCAAAUGUAACACCAGUUAUCGCCCUUCAUUGUAAAUAAAAGGUAAAUUUAGCCAAUAACUAUAGUAUAUCAAUAAUGUAUGUGGAAAUUGUAAAUACGUAAGUUGUAAUAAUUGUGAAUUUAAUUAAUUAUGUAUUGCUAAUUUAACUUUAGAUACUUUAAAAUCGCCUAUAACCAACUCUAUUCACACUAUUGUUAUUUUCACUUAGCCAUGGGCAUUUUCAAUAAAAAUCACAACCCAAAAAAAGGUUUAGGGUCUGUUUCACAAUGUAUGGAUAAAGUAGCAAAUAGCUUUGCAACACAGAAAAUUAUUCGGAACAUUAAAGUUCCGAAGAAAUUUCGCACUAUCUGACGGUCGUGAAACGCAAAAAUACUGUUUAUCCUACCAAUAAGUAAUAAAUAGCUUAUUUGGAACUUAUCCAGGCAUUGUGAAACAGACCCUUAGUAUUAAUAAGCGUUUACCCGUUGUGUAAUAAUAAGAAAGUUAUUUAAUAAAGAAAUUUAGAGUC